GAUAAACUGGCUAAUCCUUGGGAACCGCCAGUGGAGGUGCAGUAGAGUCGAGAUGUCCAGCUCCCGGCAUCGCAGGCCGGCGAAAUCCUCUCGCGUUCCGCCGCAGGCGAGGGAAUAUAUCACGGAAUUGGCCGAGGAUCGGGAACUGGAGCGAUUCAUGGCCUUCUCCUCGACGGCGAGCAGUGGCGCCAGCGGGAGCACCCACAGUUGCCCCCUGGCCAGCGUCCUAGGGCGUCGCAGGGAGUGUCCAGCGGCGGAGGAGCAGCUCCUGCAGCUGCCAGUUUCACCGGCUACGAGUAAACCCAAUCCCGCCCAGCCGAGCACAGCAAAAACCCCAGGAAGCCGGGAGAAAACCGAUGAGUACACCAUUAUACCCAUUCUAAUGUCCAGCAGUCCCAGUCGUCGUCCCGUGGCCGCCACUCAGACCAUGUCCCAAUCCGUGGAGGAUCUGCGCACGCCCACCAAGCCGCCUAAAGAGAUGCAGACGAAGAAAACCCAGACACCCGAGUCGGCUCUCAAGUCGCACAAGCGCCUGGAAUGGGAUCCGGCGGCCGAUGUGGGCUACUACAAGCGGGCGGUGUCCACCAGCAACAUCAGCACCCUGGAGCGCUCCGUGCUGGAGGAGUGCGGCUGGCGUCAGCCCAUCCAGCAGCGAUCCGAGACGGAUUUGGAUAGGCUGCAGCGCCAGGAGGCGGAGGAGCCGUCGCCCAUGCCGGAUAAACCGGCGCCACCACUGGCUUCGAGUACGUUUGUCAAUCGCAGCGAUCGCGGGAAGCCCUCGAGCUCUAGAAUGGGUUCCCUAGGGAGUUCCCUGAGCUCCAGGAGGGAGGAUUCCGAAGAGAUUAACCACAGCAGGUCCAGGAAGGAGGAUUCCUCGGCUAGUUCUCUCCCAAAAGAUUCAAGGAAGGAGUCUGCGAGGGGCAGUUCCUCGAAAGAGGUUAGCCAAGGCAUUUCCACGAAGGUAGACUCGCUCGGCAGCUCCAGGAAAGAGGAACCAAGACUCAGCUCACGGGUACAGGAUCCUCAGGUCAGUUCCCGCCGAGCAUCGGUGGUUGGCUCGCAAAGGGAGUCGCUGGGCAGCUACAGAAGAGACGACUCGCGGCUCAACUCGCAGAACAGCUCGAGAAUAGGAUCACAAAUGAGCUCCAGAGUGGAGCAUUCCCGCGCCAGUUCCAGGCGAGAAUCCCAGGCCACCUCGCUGUAUGGCAGUUCGGCGGCCAGUAGCUUCGAUUACCACAUCAACAUGGAGCAGCAGCAGAGGGAAAAUGAGUCAAAGAGGGAGCCAAAGAGGAAGGAGCAUGAUAGAGAACCAAAGCAGCUGGCCAAGGAGCAGAGGAAAGCUGAGCAGCGGGAAAAGGAGCGCGAGCAGGAGCGCCAGUACACGGCGGCCCAGUUCGAGAGGAUCCUGGGCAGUCGGCGGCACGAGAACAAGGAGAAUCAGCAGCCGCAGAAAGCAGCUGAACCCGCUGAACCCACAUCCUCCACAUCCUCGGUGGCAAUGGGAUCGGGUUCGGGGCCCCGGGGAGAACUGGAUCUGGGCAUCGAUUUGCUGUGCUCCCUGGUGAAAACCCGCAGCCUCAGCCAGGGACAGAAGAAGAAGCUUGUGCGGGACAUAGCCAGGCGCAUUUCCUGCCUGGACUUGGCCGAAUCCGGCAGCAGUUUGCGCUCCCUGCGGAGCAAUCAGUCCAGCAACACGAGGGAACAGCCGAAGGACCCACUUCCUGUGCAGCGGCAGGAUAUGGCCACGAAUACGUCGGAAAUUGGGGAGCCCGUCACUCUGCCCGUUCCCGCUCCUCGAAAGCUGGCAAUCACCGCAUCUAUACCCUCGCCACUGCCCACCAGCUUCUCGAACAGCGGCUCAACGAGCGCCUCGCACGAGGUGAUCACCCAAAAGGCCAACGAUGCCGCCUCCACGGAUGCCGAUGGCGAUCUGCAGGAGUGGCUGAAUCCCAUGACCCAGAGCGAAAUAGAGUACGAGCAGCGGCUGAAGGGAGGCGCCGAAUCGGAGCGGCGGAACCAGCUCAACUGGAUCGACACGGAGAUUCGACGGCUGCAGGCGCUGCAGAAACUUCUGGGCGAUACCACCACUCAAGCCGCUUUGCCGCGCAGUUCGGUGCAGAUCGAGACGGACAAGGGAUCGCAGUGCUCCAGCGAUAAGCUGCUGUCGGCGGUGCCUUCGGUGCAGAUGCCGGAUUCCGAGAGAAGAACUCCGCAGCCCCCCGUAAGAGUAGAAUCAGUGGGAACAAAGGAGCUGCCACCACCACCGCCCCAUCUCGACCAGCAGAAGCCGCAGAGCCGCAAGAAGAUGGCCACGCCAGUGCUCCAAUCGCGUAGCUCCACCAGCGGCGGUGGCCGCAGCGAGAGCGUCUGUUCCUUUGUCCAGCAAAGGCAGCGGCAGUUCCGCGAGCAUUACCAAAACCAGCAGCAGCAGCAGCAGUUGCUGUUGCUCCAGCAGCAGCAGCUCCACCAGCAGCAGCAGCAACAGAAACGGCAGCACAGCUCGGUGAGUUAGAAACAAGGACACAAUCCUUUUUCCUCUUACUCAUGCCCUCUCUUUCCUUUUCAGGAGCAGCAGCAAUACAUGCAGAUGCAGUACGCCCAGGCGGCGGGCAGUGCCUAUGCCACGCCCCAUUUGAGCGGCAGUGCCGGCUACAGCUGUGCGGAUAACGAGGGGGCAGCCAUCUACUAUCAAGUGGUCAACUCCCAGGGAGCCUCUAGCUACGUGCAGGCAGCCAUGGUGGUCGCAGGGACAUCGCCAAACGAAGGAGCAGCGGCAGCGGGAGGAGGAACCAGCAGAACCACCACCACCACCAGUUCCUCGUCCUCGAUGAUGUGCAUCAGUUCGGACAUAUCCAUACCCAUGGGCAUGGUGAAUACGUGUGAGACGACCACCACGACCACCACGCAUCAGUACGACGAUGUGGCCUGCCAGCGGGUGCGGAGGUUGCCCAAGGAGGCGAGGCGGCAACCGGAGUGCAUGCAGCGACAGACGCUGCAAGUGCGUCCCCAGGCCAUCGCCUACGUCAUCCAGUUCACCGCGUCGGGCGGCAGUGAGGUGCUGCCCCAGACGCGCUCCCUGCAGGAUCAACUGCAGCUGGCCCGUCCCGAGUUCUGUGCCAAGUCCAAGCAACGCAAGGCCAUCCUCAAUCAGAUGCAGAUGAUCCGGAAUGUGCGGCGCCGCGAGAUGGACAAUCUGCUGGGCGAGAAUACCAGUUUGGAGACGCUGGACAGGCGACUGCAGCAGCUGCCGCCGCCUGCCACUUCUCGUUUAAGGGUAUUUACCACCAGGGAAAUGAAGGCCAUGACCACCAAACGUUGUCAAAGUUUGCCGGAAGUGUUGGCCGCUCAGAAUCGCGAAAAGGAGGAGCGAAGGCGUCGCUGCAAUCGCCUGAUGCGGGAUGUCUUUAAUAAGCGCCUUCAAAGUCGCGUGGCCAAUGGACAACUCUCGCUAAAUCACAGCAGGACAAUCAUCUAGCAAAGGUGGAAAUACGAAAUACCCCAGUACACAGCCCACCAGUUUCGUUUCUUUUUUUGUGCCAUUGUUAGGCUUUCUAUUUUUAAAACUCUACAAAUCGUUUACACUUGUUGAACCGCGAAAUAAGGAAUGCUUUAGUUUAUAGGAAACGUUGAAAUCGAAUAUAGGCUAUAGGCUAGUUAACUA